AUGAGACUUUUCAUAUCCCUACAGGCUGCCCUGCCAGCAGUCCUCGCUCUCUGCCAGAAUCACCCCUGCGACCAAGGCUGCAUCCCUGCAGACAAGAUCUGCUGCUCGCCCGUCGACCCUUCCACAACCCCUUUCGCCUGCCCUCUCGACUAUACUUGCGGUCCCAGCCUCGAGUGUCGGCCGCCGUCGCCCGCUGCCGGACCCGUUGAGACCGGUAUACCCCUCUGCGCUCCGCCCUUCGUCGCUUGCGGCGCCACCUGCACAGCUCCCGAUGCCGUCUGCUGCGAAGAUGGCGCAUGGAGCUGUGCCGCCGGCCCUCGAAUGCGCGCCCGCGCGCGCUUCAAUGUGACGAUGCCAGGAGGAUAUGGAACCGCGGACGCGAGCCAGACCUCGGAGCCCGUCGCGGGCACUUCAAGUUUAGAUGUGGCUUUCACUUCGAUGUUCGACGCAGCGAAGACGACCUCGACAGAUGGCCUAGCCUAUCCCGCGCCGACUCUUGAGUCGUCAGCUUCACCGGCGUAUAGUGUGUAUCAAUCGACAGUGACGACCCUGGAUUCGUCCAGCGCUCAUGGGUCCGCUGCGAGCUCCUUGGCCGAAGAUACACCAGCUUUAUCUUCAGUGUCUCCUUCGCAGUCCGGGUCGGCGGAUGAGGGAGCUGGUGGUCGCGUCGAAGUGUCAGUUGGUGCGACGCUGAUGGGUGUUUUGCUCGGUGCUGUCCUUCUCGGUUGA